GUGCCCCCUGAUGUUGAUGACUACCAGCUACAAAUUUUCUUUGAAAAUCCUUUGCAUGGAGGAGGAAGAGUGGCCCACAUUGAGUGUUUUCCUGAAGAGAGUUCAGCUCUGGUUGAAUUUUGUGACAGAAAAGUGUUAGACACCAUCCUGACCAAGAAACACAACUUCAAUAAGAUGCCGCUCUCUGUCUUCCCCUACUAUCACUCUUUGGGGACAGCCUUGUACGGAAAGGAACAGCCUCUCAUCAAGCUGCCAGCACCAUUUCAAGAGUCGUUGGUGCUGCCUUUGUGGAACUUCUUGCAGAAAAAGACCCAUCUGAGAAAAGAGCUGGAUGAUGAAAUGGCACAGCAUCACUGUUCGCUAACAUGGUCCCAAGUGGACAAUAAAGUUACCAUCAGACCUGCAGCCACCUUAGUCAAUCAAGGAAGACCCAAAAUCAAGACAUGGCAGACAGAUGCUUCGUCAGCACUCUCUGGCCUCAGCUCUAAAUAUACAGUCACUUCACUUAACGUGACUGCAAGAGUGUGGGACGUCAUAAAAAACGACUUAGAAGAUGAUAGGAUUUUGAUCGAGUUUGAUACCUCUAAGGAGAUUGUAACCUUAACAGGAAAAUCAGACGAUAUCCAAAAUGUUAGUCCACAAUUCAAGGAAUUAAUAGAAAAGACUACUCAAAAAAUUCAAAAGGAAGAGCAAAGUCUGAAGGAAAAAGUGGCCAUUUCUUCAGAACAGUAUUUUCUUUUGCACCACAGUGGUGUUCUGGAGUGUAUGUGCACAGAAUGCCCAGACAUGGAGGUUCGUUAUGAUGCGAAUGCUCAGAACCUGUGCCUUAAAGGACCCCACAUCGAUGUGUACAAAGCGAAGCGUGAAAUUCAGAAAAAAGUGCACACUAUGGCUCAGAAAAGCAUUGAGGUCUCUCCUGAGGUCUUCCAGUUUUUACUGCAAGGUAACUCGAAAAAAUUCUCUGAGUCCUUUUUUAUAGCACAAAAGAAUCUUACAGUUUAUGAACUCAAGGGUACCACUGUCCUCCUAACCAGCUGUUCUUCUGAAGUCCUGGCAGAAGCUGAAAAACAAAUGCUCAGUGCCUUAGAUUGUAAACACAUUGACGUUGAGGGCAAGGAAAUUCUUACUACUGGCAAAUGGGAACAGUUUAUUGCCAAUGUCCAAAAAAAGUUUUAUGCUUCCACAAACAUCCUAAUCAAUAAAUCCACUGCAGGCAGCCCAGGUGAAGUCAUUGUGGCAGGUCUUGCAAAAGAAGUAAGUGAAGUUGUCCGCUUGGUUCUUGAAUUCUUGAAAAAACACAUGAAAAUAGAGAGGUUGGUUGAAGUAGAGACAUCCUUGAUUGUAGACUACUUAAAAAAAGACAAGAAGCUCCUCGGGUCAAAAAUAAAUAAGGGAGAUAUGCAGAUACUUUUCAAUCCAGAGAACAAACCCAAAGGCAUUUUACUAGUUGGCCCCAAGGACCAAGUGCUAGAUGCUGUGGACACAGUCAGGGAAAUUGUGAAGUCUGUCUUUGUGAGAAGAGUCUUUAUUGACAAGCCAGGAGCCAGGCAGUUCUUCCAAGACAAAGCACAGUUUUGCAGAGGUGAGAUUAGGAAGAAGUACGGUUGUUUCAUUGAACUGGAGAAUAAGGAACAGGUAAGAGGCACAGCUGAUCGGUCAAAGUACCUCAUCCAGAGGCAGGUGGCUCCUGGUGUCAGUCUGACUGCCCAGCAAGGUGACUUGACUCAGUUUCCAGUCGAUGUGGUGGUGAAUGCAGCAAAUGAAGACCUCAAGCAUCUGGGCGGUCUUGCUGGUGCCCUCUCAAAAGCAGCUGGCCGGGAACUGCAGGAGGACUGUGGUGAGAAGGCCGUGAAGAGGGACGGCCGCCUCCUGCCAGGCGACACCAUCCUCUCAAGGGUGGGGAACCCGCCCUGCCGCCAUGCGAUCCACGUGGUGGGGCCCAAGUGGUCUGAAUCUGAGGCCCCGAGGUGUGUGUACCUGUUAAAGAAAGCUGUGGAAAACAGUCUUCUUUUAGCAGAAAAACACAAGUGCCAAUCCAUAGCCAUUCCCGCCAUCAGUUCUGGAGUCUUUGGCUUCCCUUUACAGCGGUGUGUGGAGACCAUUGUUCUGUCCAUCAAGGAAAGCUUGGAAUUUAGGCAGGUUGGGAGCACCUUGAGAGAGAUUUAUCUUGUGGACUCAUCGGAGAAGACAGCAGAGGCUUUUGCUAAAGCUGUGGAAACUAUAUUUAAAGACACUCUGUCAGUCAGCGUGUCCAAGCCGGAUACAACUUCCCUGCCUAGAGGACCAGCAGCGAAACCUGUCACGUCACAGGAAGUGGCCUGUCUGACAGCCCCAGGAGGCUUGAAGAUCCUGCUGGUGAAAAAGGGCGUGCAAGAUGCUACGACCCAUGUUGUGGUCAAUUCCGUUCCUUCGGAUCUUGCGCUGAACAGUGGGCCCCUUUGUCAGGCCAUUUUGGAAAAAGCUGGACCAGAGAUCCAGCAGGAGUUGAACACAGCUCUACAAGGGGUAGCUGUCGACGUGGGCACAGUUCUCCAAACCCGUGGCUACAAUCUACAGUGUGACCAUGUGCUUCACGUGGUGGCUCCAGCAUGGGGAACCGGAGAUGCACAAAAGAUCAUGAAAGAAAUAAUCAGAGACUGUUUGGAGAUUACUGAGAAACUGUCUUCACGAUCAAUUGCAUUUCCAGCAAUUGGAACAGGAAAUUUGGGAUUUCCUAAGACUGAGUUUGCCGAAUUACUGCUUUCAGAAGUACUCACAUUUAGUAGCAAAAAGCAGCUAAAAACUUUACAAGAGGUUCAGUUUCUGCUGCACCCAAGUGAUCAUGAAAGUAUUCAGGCAUUUUCAGAUGAAUUUGCCAGAAGGACUAGUGGAAAUCUCAGUGACCAAAUUCCCAAGGCUGAAGCUAAGCAAGAUUUCUAUGGGACUAUUUCUAGCCCUAAUUUGGGAGUACAUGAAAUGAAGAUUGGCCCCAUCCUCUUCCAGGUGGCCUCUGGGGAUAUCACUAAAGAAACUGCAGAUGUGAUUGUAAAUUCAACAUCCAGCAAAUUUAAUCUUAAAGCAGGGGUCUCCAGAGCAAUUUUAGAAUGUGCAGGACAAGCAGUGGAAUGGGAAUGUGCUGUCCUAGGUCGACAGGGCAAACAAGAGUACAUAGUUACUAAAGGUGGAUUACUGAUGUGCAAGAACAUUAUUCAUGUUGUUGGUGAAAAUAAUGUCAAGAAAUCAGUUUCCUGCGUUCUGCAAGAAUCUGAGAAACGGAAUUACUCCUCCAUUUGCCUCCCAGCCAUUGGGACAGGAAAUGCUGGACAAGACCAUAAUAAGGUUGCCGAAGCUAUACUUGAUGCCAUUGAAGACUUUGUCCAGAAAGGAUCAGUUCAGCAUGUGAAGAAGGUUAAAGUUGUUAUCUUUCAGCCCCAGCUACUAAAUGUGUUUUAUGCCAACAUGAAAAACAGAGAAGGGUCUCAGGCUUCUCAGCAACCAUCGAUGUUAUCUAAAUUUUUCUCCCGCUUAGGCUUUUCAAAACCUCACCCACAAGAGAAACCUUUGAUUUUGGAAAAGAAAACAGAAUUGGUGGUCUUCCAGGUGUGUGGUGACAGCCAACGCUGCGUGGACCAAGCUGUCCAGUGGUUAAAGGACCUGAUCACAAAGGAGCAGUAUUCUUUCACUAACACAGAUGAGUGUCUCAGAGAUUUUGAGGAAAAGGAGUGUAACGAAUUGACUGAGCUGCAGAAGAGAUUAAAUAUUAUCAUUGCUCUGGACCAGAAGAGACCUUUCAUGGAGGUUUCGGGAAUUAGUAGAGAUGUGAUGGAGGCUAGAGAUAAAAUUGAGGAGAUGAUUAAGAAGGCAAGAUUGGCCAGAGAAGAAGCAAAGAGGGCAGACUGUGUUAGUGAAUUUAUAGAAUGGCAAUACGAUGACAAUAACACUCCUCAUCCUUUUGACAAAAUAACCAAUCUGCAAUUGGAAGAUGCAAGGAAUAGAAAGAACAAGAGCAUCGAUAUCAAAAUUAACAAUCAGUGCUACACGGUGGACCUGGAGACCUGCAUUGCCACAAGUCAAGGUGGACACAGUUUCACUGUUAAGCGCCUCACAAAAUUCGAAGUUACCCUUCCUGCGUACUGGAGUGACAUGAAUCAGCAGAAUCUCUGUGUGGUCCUGCUGCAGCCUUGGGACCAGGAAUUCAUCACUGUGGCAGGAAAGUUUAAACAGACUUGCCCAAAUUUUGUCAUUGAGAAGGUAAGUCCCAUGUGAACAAUGGACUUUCUU